CUGGCCCUGAAGGUGGCUGGCAGAACAUUAGCUGGCUAUGCAGCAACAUAGCAUUCAACUUCUCACACCCUCGCUCAUGGAGAAAGAGUCAGGCUAAAGAGGGAGGAGGAAAGAGGGAGGAAAGGAAAGAGAGAGAGAGAGAAAGAAAGAGAAAAACAAAACUCCCUGGCUUGUUGGCCUUGGCUGGUACCAUGAGUGGCGGAAGGUUUGACUUUGAUGAUGGAGGCGCCUAUUGUGGGGGCUGGGAAGGGGGAAAGGCCCAUGGGCACGGCAUCUGCACUGGGCCUAAGGGCCAAGGCGAAUAUUCUGGCUCCUGGAACUAUGGCUUUGAAGUGGUGGGGGUCUACACGUGGCCCAGUGGCAACACCUAUGAAGGCUACUGGUCUCAAGGCAAGAGGCAUGGCUUAGGCAUCGAGACGAAAGGACGGUGGCUUUACAAAGGAGAAUGGACGCACGGCUUUAAGGGAAGGUAUGGGGUCAGGCAGAACGUCAGCAGCGGAGCGAAGUAUGAAGGCACCUGGAAUAACGGGCUGCAGGAUGGUUACGGUACCGAGACCUAUGCGGAUGGAGGUACUUACCAAGGCCAGUUCACCAAUGGCAUGCGCCAUGGUUAUGGCGUCCGGCAGAGUGUCCCAUAUGGCAUCGCAGCUGUAGUCCGCAACCCUCUGAGGACCUCCCUUACCUCCCUCCGUAGUGAGCACAGCAAUGGCACCCUGCUGCAACAUGACUCCCCAUCAGCUAACCUGGAGAAUGUUCUCAUGACACCUACGAUCACGCGGGGCGGCUUUGCCCUCAGCUUAUACGCAGAUGCAGACGCCGGCAAGCUGAAGAAGGGAGGGCUCUUUAGGCGGAGUUCUUUGUUUGGGAAGCUGAAGAAAUCGGACUCCAAGACCUCCUUGGCCAGCCAAAGGAGCCGGCUCAGCUUCCUCAAGAGCGAGAGCGGCAUGAGCUCCACAGGCAGUGAUGCCACCUCCACGGCCAGCCUGGGCGAAGGAGUGGAGGGAGAGGACUUCCCGCCUUUUGAUGCUGAUAUCGAUGCCACCACUACGGAGUCUUACAUGGGCGAGUGGAAGAAUGACAAGCGCUCAGGGUUUGGCGUGAGCGAAAGGUCGAGCGGCCUGAAGUACGAGGGGGAAUGGCUGGAUAACGUACGGCACGGAUACGGUUGCACCACGUUGCCUGAUGGUAAGAAGGAAGAAGGGAAGUACCGAAUGAACGUCCUGAUCAAAGGCAUGAAGAAGCGGGUGAUACCUCUGAAAAGCGCCAAGAUCAGGCAGAAAGUGGACCGGAGUGUGGAAGGGGCUCAGAGGGCAGCGGCCAUUUCCAGACAGAAAUCGGAGAUUGCAGCUUCAAGGACUGCCCAUGCGAAAGCCAAGUCGGAAGGCGCUGAACAAGCAGCACUGGCAGCUAACAACGAAUCCACUUUAGCCAGGUCGAUGGCCAGGGAACUUUCUCCAGACUUCUAUCAGCCAGGCCCUGAAUACUUGAAGAGGAGGCUGCUCCAGGAGCUCAUGGAGAAUGAAGAGAAUAUAGAAAAUAUGGAAGAAGAGGCACCACCUGUGGAAGAGCCCCCUCAGCCAACAUCUCCUGAAAGUCCUCCAUCCGAUGAGCCAGAUUCCACCAAACCCAAGGAAAGUCCAGCUCGAACUCCAUCACCAGCUGGAACACCACCUGAGGCCAAGCGUGCCAAGCAGGGUUCCCAGAAAGAUGGUUCUCGUGGCCCUGGGACCUGGAAUGGGGAUCACACAAAGGAUGGGAGUAACACAGGAAGUAGGCCCAACACACCUUCGCAGGCUCUUUUGGCGCCAGUAGAGAAGUCGGCUGGUUCCAGCAGGCCCGCUUCCCGGAGCCCCAGCCGACACAGUCACGUGAGGAUUGCUGCUGAGCAGAUGGAGAUCAAACCCCUUCAGAGGAUACAUCAGGAAGGCGAUGUCGCGUUAUUUCAGGGCUAUCACAGUUACGCUGUGAGGACCUCCCCGGUUACCCCUCCAUUGGACUUUGAGGAAGAAUCAUUCCCUGACUCCAAAUUGCCUGCCAAGCCAAGUACCCCAGAACCAAAAACUGAUGUGAAGGCUAUUGAACCAAAAGUGGAGCUACCGAAGAGGGGAGGUACACCGGUCCCUCAGCACGAAGCAGCACAUGAAGAGAAAAAAGUGCUCAGAGCAGAACCGAAGCAGGAGCUCAAGCAACACCCUCCCCCUGAACACAAAGCAGAAGAAAAAACGGAAGCUGCAAUUGAAGGGAAGCCUGAACGGAAGCCUGAAACUAAGGCGGCGGCCAAAAUUGAGCCCAAGGCUGUGGUGAAAAAAGUUCCUCUGCCAGAAGUGGCAACAAAGGAGGUGGAAGAACAUGAAGAGGGACCUAACACUAUCAUCAUCUGCAUGGUCAUCUUAUUGAACAUUGGCCUGUCCAUCUUAUUUGUGCAUUUCCUGACAUGAUGAGAUGCUAAGGCAAGAAGUUUCUGCUGAUGUAGGCAAUAGACCUUGUCAGGGAUAUAACAUCAUCCAUUCAGAGCCAUCUAAUGUGGAAGGAGCUUAGAAGAACCCAGUGGUUGCACUGAGGUCAUAAACUUAUAUACAGUGUUUAUGAAUCAAGCUGUUUAGCCCCAACCGUGGGUGAUCUCUUCCGCCUAGCAGGAAGAAGCCUUGAAUUUUGCGACCCUCCCCCCCUCAUUCUUCCUUUCGUUGUGAACGAGAAUCGCCUUAAAGGUUCAUGAGUUUGGUGAACUAUUGUGCUGCUGUUUGAAGAAACAAGGGGUUCAUCUAUAAUUGUGGAAAGAAAAACGAAGCAGCCUCCAUGAAAAUAGCUGACUUUGCUGGAAGAGUCAUCGUUACAGAUGUCCUAAAGAACAUCAUGUUUCUAAAUCAUGCUGCAGAAUGGUUAUAGCUGUGGAUUUAACUUCCCCACCCGAACCAAGACUAUAUUGAAUCAGAUGCUAGGAAAGGCUGUUUUCCCUGCUGCUAUAUAAUUCUAAAUCAUUCUGUUUAGAAGUCCAGACUCUAAAGCGGGCAAAAACCAUUUAUUUGAAUAGCAGAUCCUGUUCUAGGAUGUAAGUGAAUCCACAGUGAAAUAUGUCUUCUCCUAUCAUACUGUCUGAUGAAUUUCAGUGUAAAAGGUGCUUAAAUGAGUGUAAGCAAUCCCCACAAGUGGAUCCCUUGCAGUAUUGCUGAGUAGUAAUUAGAUGGAGUGAAUCUUUUUUCUUAGAGCUUAAGGAAACUGCAAAACUAGAGGCUGCAUUUCUGAAUGUGUACUACUGUAAGUACUAGUAGAUGAUAUCUGUGCUCGUUUAGUAAUUAAGCAGUGCCUUGGCAUUCUCUUUGUUGCUGAGAGUUGCCUACUCCCCAGAGUUUAGACAAGUAGUGAGAUCCACUUUGCACAUUAUCCUUUUCAGAUGCAUGCGUGACUUGGCAUCUGCGAAACCUUAAAAAUGUAAUGUGUGGAUCUGCCCUAAAUGUGCCUGGAUGUUUUUACCCCCUUCCCUUUUUGAACAAAGCAUGGACUUCUGAGUCAAUUUCAAAAAGCUUUCUAAAAAGUGCCUUAUUUAAAACUGACUGUGAAUUUUUGUGUACACUGACACUCCGUAGGACAGCAGCAGCUGGUUAAAAAAUUAGGAAGUGAAAGAAAGAGACUGAAGAAUGAGUGGCUUUUUAAAAAGGAGACUCUAGUUGUAGAUGCCCGAAGGUGAAUGGCUUAUAAAUAUGGUGCCACGGACAUACAACAGGUAGACGCAAAGGAUAGUAUUUUCAGAUUAUGAAUUGCUGAAAAUGAAUUUGGAAAGCAGGAGUGAUAAUAUAUUGUGCCUUUCCCCUUUCUUUUUAUAUAAUAAUCAAAUUAUACUGUAAAUUGAAGGAGGAGGGAUAUGUUACCUUUGCCCAAAGCUAUGUAUUGGAACAGUCCUCAGAAAAAAAUAGGUGAGAGUGUUCGGGGAACAUCCACAUAACAUGGGGUGAUAACAGUUUUGUGUUUUAUUCUUAACUCUUUUUCUCUUCUCCAGGCUAUUUACUUUUGAAAUUCGACAGCCUGGUUCCUGGCUCUUCAGCCGCCAGGUGUACAUUUCAAUAUGCCAGUUUCUUAGUUUAUAACUAUGUAUGUGAUUUUUCUAGGAAAGACCUAAAGUGACCUUAUUUAUCACAAAGCACCAAAUUUGAUACUUUUGAAAGUGCUAGGAUUGUUUCCCCCAACCCAAUCUUGCUUGUUACAAAUGUGAUGUGCUGUCGUUGUUACGCUUUCCUCCUUGCAAUGUAGGGUGGCCUGGAGUCUUAUUUUACAUAGGGAAGUCCUCUAUUUGAAGGCAUCCUCUAUUUGAACGUCCCUCCAGUCCAAGUCAGGUUUAAAGAUGAAGAACCAUAGGAAAAUUGGCCAUCAACAAUUAGCAUGUGGACAGCAGACAAAACAGGCGCACAGGUGACCUGGUUACAUAGGUGACCUGGUUCCCCACUAUGGUGAGAGGUAUCAUUUUUCUAUUUAAAUUAUACUAAUUAUUUCUAAAUUCGCCUCUAUGCUUAUAAAUUAGCGCAUGCAGUUUUUGCGCACCCCUGUGUCCCUUUUGGCCUCUCUUUCGGCAUCGCAUGUCCUCUUUUUUGGUAAUGUGUAACUGGCCACCCUAUUACAAUGUGAUGAAAAAAGUAGGUAGGUUUGCUUUGUGGCAUGUAUAAAUAUAUAGGCCAGGAUUCAGAGGGCUACAUUAGGCAUGCCCAAAGACUUGUAUGCGUCCAGUGGAUUAUAUAUUGUCUCUUUUGAACAGCUGAAACUCCAUAUCAGAUUGCAAACUGCUUUUGAAAUUUGUCACUUUCAAAUACAGAUUGCUAUUUGAUGUGCAGUGACUACAAUUCCAAUGAGGCCAAAACUCCAUUUUGUGUCCUGUUCUUCUGAUCCUAACCGUAUAGGUUCUAUGUGUACACACACACAUAUAUUUAUAUGUGUAAUUCUCUUAUAAAAGAGAGAGAAAGAUCCUUAGGGCUCGUGCACACACUGUUAGCUUUCAGCCACUACAAAAUGUAGUAACUGCUGUGUUUACAUACCGGUAGCCACAAGUCUACCUUCAAGAAGUAACAAUAAGUAAUUCAGUAGAACAGGAACGGGUCACAU